AUGGGUCUGGUGAACCUUGUCUUUUGCACCAUUGGGAAAUGUUUCGAUUUCAUAUCCUUCCUGCUGGACCUAAAUUUCUUAAUAGUCCAUUCAGUGAUACGGCUCCUGGCAGCAUGUAUCACCUUUGUGAGUAACCUACCCAUGCUACUGACCAACUCAAUGGUGAAGUGCUGGAACUUCACUGUGUUCUGCAUGGUCUCCAUGAUGGACAGCGUAUCACUUCUGGCCCAGGGCACAGUCAACAUGUUAGGGCGCUGGUUGCACCUCUUGGGAGGUGUUCUGGAGAGUUUCAAAAUGGUGGGCUACUUGUCCUCACAUGUUCUCCUGCGUGUCAGGGAUCUGUUCCACCGUGGGUUGCUGUGUGGCCACUACUUGCUGCAGCAGGUGUGGGAGGGCUGUGGCAUUACGGUCAGCCUGGUGCUCUACCUGGUCAACACGGUGGUCAACCUGCUGCUCAUCGGGACACAGAGCGUCUACUCUGUUGUAGUCAGCAUGUGGGAGGCGGUCUCCUGCCCCCUGCAGAAGGCUGUGGAGCUCACCCUCACACUCUUCACCUUCCUGUACAGCAGCCUGGUCGGCACCUCAGUCGUUCUCUGGACUCCUGUCAGGCUGGCCCUGGAGUUCCUAGGUUUGCUCGGACACAUUUUCGUCAGCGUCUUCCUCAUGAACAUCUAUGGCCUCAUUCUCACAACUGCCAUUGUUGUCACAGCCACAAUCUACAUGAACCCUGAGCUGACCCGUCUUGGAGCCCGCCGCGCCGUCGGUUACUUCAACUCUGUCCCCACCCUGCAGGUCCUACAGAGGGCGCUCCAUCGCCUAUACAUGCUGGGGAGGGGCGUGUGGCAGAGGCUUCAGCGGCAGGUCAGCCGCCUACACCAAAUGAUAACACCAGUCUACAGGAACAUCAGAGUGAGGGGUGACGGCCACGCCAGGCAACCUGAACCCAGUGACAGAGAGCAGAGGGCUCUUCCGGACGGUAGGGCAGGAGACGCAGCACCACACGCUGAACGCGCUGCUCGGCCUCGCCAGCUAAUGGACGACCUGUGGGACCUAGCGUUCCCCAGCUCCAGCAGCACAUACAGGCCUUUACAGAAACAGAAACUCUCCUCAGUGGAGGGGGGCUCCAGCUCCAAGGGUGCCCCGACCGACAGCUUACUGACUCUGCUCCAGGAGCAGGAGGAGAGGAAGAAGUGCAUCAUCUGCCAGGACAGCACCAAGACAGUGGUGCUGCUGCCUUGCCGCCACCUGUGUCUGUGUCGGGACUGUACCGACAUACUGCUGCGCCAGCCCAUCUACCAGCAGAACUGUCCGCUCUGCCGCCAUAUGAUCCUUAAUACCAUGGAUGUGUAUCUCUGA